UUGCUCUGCCUCACUCCUCAAGUGUCAUGAAGCGUGUUGGCUUUAUUUAAAGACUAUCCGGAACUUCUGCCAAUGCCACUCUCAGGACUGCUUGACUGUGUCGAAGAUGUCCUGCUCCAGCCUGUGUGCCCCUGCCUGCGGUGUGGCCGCCCCGGCCCCACUGGCUAACAGCUUCAAUGAGCCCUGCGUGCGCCAGUGCCCUGACUCCACCGUGGUGAUCCAACCCCCGGCCACCGUGGUCACCUUCCCCGGGCCCAUCCUCAGCUCCUUCCCACAGAGCUCCGUGGUUGGCUCAGCAGGAGUCCCCGCUGUUGGAUCGGGCUUGGGUGGCAGCUUUGGACGUAGUGCCGGCUUUGGAGGCUAUGGAGGCUCUUCUGGCCUUGGGGGCUUUGGGGGCUAUGGAGGCUUUGGCAGCUGUGGAUAUGGCAGCUGGGGCCGAGGUCUUGGGUCCCUCGGGGGCAGCUGCGGGCCCUGCUAAGCACAGCACGGCCUCCUGCCCUGGUCAAAGGGAAGCUCCGGAGAAGUCCUAGUACAUCCCCACCUGAUGCCAUGAAAAAGUGUUUCCCUUCGGCACUGCUGGGCUCUGGUGCUUGGACACCUUGUACCUGCACGGGGACCAGCACUAUCUUCCUCUACUCCAAGUUAGGUUCGCUUUAGGACUCGCAGCUCUGUGAUGACACUGUCAUGUGCUGGCUGCCUGCUCCUUGACCUCUGUCCUGUGCAAGAGAUUGGGGACAUCCUCUGGCCAGGGGCUGCCCUUCCACCAACUCUCGCAAACGUGGAACCUGCAAUAAAAUCU